UUAUUUAUCAGUUUUCACUGUAGGAUGGAUCAGUUACCAUCAGGUCGCGGCUGAGUUAAGCCGAUUGAAUAACUUAACGCUAUUUAACCCACAAGUCAGUGGUGCCGCAGCACAAUUCCUUUGCAUUUCAAUACAUAGGUCGCGAUCUUAGAGUACGGAAAUCGGCGAGUGGCAAUGGAGCAUAAAAUGAAUAACGAGAAAUCUACUCCCGAAUUAGCAUCACGAAUGAAUGAUUCACAACUUUCAAAGCCAUUCAAAUACCUCACCGAACUCACACCCAAGGAGAAACGAGACUUUUUCGAUUCAUUCGAUGUAAUAUUUUGCGAUUGUGAUGGCGUCAUUUGGGAGUCACUGCGUGAAGAGCUGCCCGGUGCACCGGAAGCAAUCGUUUAUCUCAAAAGACAGGGCAAGCAAGUCAUCUAUGUCACAAACAAUAGCAUCAUACCCAUUGAAGUGCAGCUAAGAAAAUUCGCAAAUUGCGGAAUCGAGGUGGAAAAGUGUGAUAUUGUGCAUCCAGCGCAGACAAUAUGCGAUCAUUUGAAAUCAAUCCAGUUUGAUGGUCUUAUUUUUUGCCUUGCAUCAAAUGCAUUUAAGUCACUACUGCGUGAGGCCGGCUUCGAGGUGGUGGAGGAGUGCGUCACUUUCGUUCACUCUGUGGACGAUUUGCGUGCAGCUAUACACAGCAAUGAUCCCGUAAAAGCCGUGAUUAUUGAUGUCGACUUCAAUUUGACAGCACCGAAAAUGAUGCGAGCACAUUGGCAUUUAAAAAAUAACCCUGAAUGUCUAUUCAUUGGCGGUGCUGCAGAUACACUCAUAACAGUCGAUGGAAAGGAUGUUAUAGGACCAGGCCCUUACAUAUCUGUAGUUGAAAAUACGUCAAAACGCCAGCCAUUGAUCUUGGGCAAACCCGGUAUGGCUCUGCGCGAUGCUUUGAUGCGAAAAGAGCACCUACAAAAUCCUCGCCGUGGCCUCUUUAUCGGUGACAGUCUUGUGACAGACGUGAGAUUCGGUAAAAUGUGUGGAUUUCAAACUUUGCUGGUACUCAGUGGCAGCACAAAACGGGAAGACUUGGAGUCAACGCUGCUAGAUAUUGAAAUGCCGGAUUAUGUGGUCGAUGGUUUGGCUGACUUGAAUGGUUUUCUUCCAUAACAAAUUUUAAUUACAUUGAUCAUUUGUUAUUUUUUAUGGAUCGGUUUCCUAAUGCCUUAAUAAAUCCUUUAUAUCACUUACUGCUUUU